GCGUGUUUCUCCGAGCGUGGUCCCCCAAGCUGCGCACGAUUGAGCAAUGCGCUGGUAGGCGUAGGCACGGUAGAAAAACCCAUCAUGGAAGGAAAAAAAAACAAAAAAUAAUUCAAAGGAAUUAGAGGAAGCAAUCAGAGGAAGCAAUAAAGGAACCAAUUAGAGGAAGUAAAUAGAGGAACCCCGAACUUGAAACCCCAAACCUGGCGCACCGCCCUUGAAACCCCAAACCUGGCGCACCGCCCUUGAAACCCCGAACCUGGCGCACCGCACUUGAAACCCGAACCUGGCGCACCGCUCAGAAUCACCAUGACAGAGCAAAAUGAACGACUGGGAAGAGCGCGAAGAGAAGCCCCCCGCCGAGCUGCAAAGAAACGUGCGCAACGCCCUAGUUGUGUUCGGACUCGUCGCAGAAAUGAUCCUCGUGGACAACCACCUCCUGGAGUCGGUUAGCAUAAAUGACAUCUACAAAAGUGUGUACUGCGUGCUCAGGGGGAGGUAUGAAUCGAUACUGGAGGCUCUUUCGCCUGUUGAAGGGCGCAGCGAUUACGUCACCCCAGGGGGGAGUUCGCCCGAGGGGAAGGUACGGAAGCCCCUUCUAAAGGAGGGAAAGCCGGAGAAGCAGGUAAGCAGGCCAAAGCACACCAAAGGUGAGGAGACCAACCCAGCAGAGGAACCACGCCAACUGGCCGAACAGAUCAAAUUAAAAUUUUCGCAAAUAUUUCAAAGGCUCCCCAAGAAGAAGACAAAACUGCCCUGCACCGACCAACUCAGCAGCAUCAAGUAUGCCAUAGCAGGGUGCAUAUACAUGCAUGGGAAGAUAUGGAGCAAAAAUGUGUCCCUAAGAAAUGUGUUGAACGCAAUUGAUUUUAACCUAUUUUUGUUAAACAACGGGUUCUACACAGUUAAAUGUGGUACAUCUAAAAAAGAUGCAGAACAGCUGUCCAACAGUGUCAACCAAUUUGGACCCACUAGCAAGGAAGACAUCUAUUAUGAGAAGGAACAAAGUCUGAAGAUGGAGAAGGUAACUCUACGUGCCUUAUCCUUUAACCUCACGAGCAGCAUGUCAAAAUAUGCCCUACUAUACGAAUUGAUGUUUAUUACUAGAUCACCCUACAUUGUGAAUAAGUUCCUCAUUUCCGUUUUGAAUGAUGUCGUUUGCAUCCCAGAUGUAGAGGGCAGAUUUGAUGACACCUCCAUUGUCAUUUCGUGCAUGUUAUUUGUUAAUCAUUUUUUUUACCACAUCAAUCGGCACGAUCAGAUGGGUUCCCUCCAUUUGGGACUAGUAAAAAAAAUGUACCUUUCUCAAGUGGAAAAAAUUGUUAAUAUAUUUUUCCUCCUGAAUAAGGUGAACCCGAAAGCGGGUAUGAAGGAUGUCAUUUUGCUUACGAAGGAGAUCGUUUACUUGUAUUCUGUGACGUAUUGA